UCCAGAAAAUUCUCAAGACCUUCUUCGCCACGCCAAUCUCCGAUCAAUCUCGUCGCCAAUUCAAAAACCCUUUCCCGAUCUAGGUAGGUUACACGCUCAGAGGAGGAGAAAAAGAAGAAGAAGAUGGGAAUAAUAAGGAGCAGCUUCACAUUCCUGACGGGAACAGUGUGCGGGAUCUACAUCGCUCAGAACUACAACGUUCCUAACAUCAAAACCCUUGGUCGUUGCGCCGUCUCAAAGGCCAAGGAAAUUGAGGAGAUUUAUCGCAAGCCCAAGACCAGAGACGACGCUUGACUGAUUCCACUUUUGCUUCUCCCGCGAGAGAUAUCUCUUGUUCUUUGUUUAAUUUUUAUUUUUCCUUUCUUUUGCCAAGGUUUUGUGUGUGGGAUUAUUGAUUUAUAAAAUUCAAAUUAUAUUCGACAA